UUAAAAACUUUGAAUGUAUCUCCAAGUGCAGUCUUCAAAACCAUCAAACGCUUUGAUGAAACAGGAUUUCAUUAGGACCGUUCCAGGAACGAAAGACCAAGAGCUACCUCUGCUGCAGGAGAAAAGUUUAUUAAAAUCACAAUAACGUAUUAUAUAUAUAAAAUAUCAUUAUACUUACAAUACUUUAUAUGAUGAUUAAUAUCUACAAAAUCUUACUCAUGGCUGAAAAAACCUGGAGCUCCUGCUGAAACAAAUAACAUCAUAUGAUGUCAACAAAUGCACAAGGCUGAAUCCUGGUUACAAAUCCACAUCAAAAAUAAAUACAUUUCCUCAGGUCAAACGCUACAAGUUUGUGAACACCCUGCCAUCGCUAUGUCCAUCUUUUUAAACAUCCCAUCCACAGUCUUCAUUCGCCUUCAUAAUAAGCUUCAUUCUUCUGGGAAGAUGGUCCGAUAUAUUUUGUGGAGAUUUCAUUCAGCCUCAAGGACGUGAGGAAGUGAGGAAGCUCUUCCACACACAUCCAAUUCAUGAAAAGCAUCUCUUCAAGGAGCUGGCUUUCUGCACUGGGAAGAAGAAAAAAGAAGAACAUAUGGAACAGUACUUUUGGACAUAAGUUGUAGUGCCGCUAUCCAGCCACAAGAGGUAAUUGCUUCAAGAUGUUGUGGGGGGGAGCAAAAGGGGCAAAAUGGUGAUAAUUAUAGUCCCUAUAUAAACAUUCCUUCAGGACUAUAAAGAUUCAUAGAAUUUGUAGCCUAAAACAAAAAUAAAUACAAACACAUACAUUGUUUACAGACCACCAAGUUUUCGUAUGAACAUUGGACACAUGUCUACAUGUCCAUACUUUCCCUCUGUCCUCUUGAGCCCAUGAAGCCAUCCUUUAUGAGGAGGUACAGAAGAUAAAACACAAUCUUUUUUUCCCCGGGUGAGGUUUUAAAGUCAUGGCCCAUUAGCAACCUGCUUUAUAAUCCCAGUCAGGAUUGACCUUUUGUCAGGAGAAACCUGUUCUUAUGUAAUUUCCUGGCAGCAGAGCGAAGUGAGAGAAGACGGGAUUCCAGAGCAUGACGUGGCUACGCCGGGUGUAUCGUUUAGCAAAGAACAAGCCCAAGGGCUCUACAAUGGUGUUGUAAUUGAAGGCAGAAUGAGAAAAAAAGACAAAACUGGGUGUGGGAAUAAAAACCCUGGUGUUUAUACCGCUGAGUAAUCUAUCAUAGGUUCUGCUGCCGAGAAGAUUUCUAAUAUAUGUGCAUCGAGCUGGACAGGAACUCAGAAUUGGGGGAUUCUGUGUCUAUGAAAAUUCUGUCCUUUCUGAAAAAAACCCUGAGAAAACUGAAAAGAGAUGGAGAAAAUGGAGAGAAAGAAAACCAAAAUCCAAGAGAAACACUGAGUAAACUGAAAAGAGAUGGAGAAAAUGGAGAGAGAGAAACCCAAAAUCCCUGAGAAACCCUGAGAAAACUGAAAAAAAAUGGAAAAAAUGGAGAAAAAGAAAACCAGAGUCGCGGAGAAACCCGGAGAAAACUGAAAAGAGAUGGAGAAAAUAAAAUGGAUAGAAAGAAAACCAGUGUCCCUGAGAAACCCUGAGAAAACUGACAAGAGAUGGAGAAAAUGGAGAGAAAGAAGACCGGAGUCCCUGAGAAACCCUGAGAAAACUGAAAAGAGAUGGAGAAAAUGGAGAGAAAGAAAACCAGAGUCCCUGAGAAACCAUGAAAAAACUGAAAAGAGAUGAAGAAAAUGGAGAUAAAGUAAACCAGAGAGAAACCUUAGAGAGCCGAAGAAAGUUAGAGAGCGUUAAAGAAAGAUCUUCCCAGAAGAGUGAAGGUCACAAUAAAGGGCAUAUACCGAUGUGGAAUGGGACGUAUGGUGUCCACAAACUUCUGGCCAUAUAAUCUACUAUUUGAAUGAUGUCAUGGUCAUGUGUUAUUUUUCUUUCUCAUAAAGUUUACAGCAGACUACCACAUGAAGUUACCCAAUCUGCAUCCCUGCCUGAUUUGCACCACAAUUCUUUCUCUCCAUCCUCCCAUCAUCAACAACCUUCUUUGGAAGUUUGAAACAAUGUCCUGCGUGUACAGUAUUUGUACGUCAUAACGCAGUGACGCUUCGUGCGCAUGCGUGCUACAGAUCGGGUAGUACAGUAACAGAAGAAGAACCGUGUGCAAAUCUGGUAGACGCUGCGGAUUGAGUAGACGGGGCAGGUUUCGCCUCUUUUGCACUCUGGGACAGACGCGCGCUGGGGGAUCCGAUGACGUCACGGGCCAAACACACACACACACACGCACACACACACACACACACGCGCGCACCCACAGUCUGACGCACGCGCGCUCAACACCUUAACGCUGUCGCUUUUAUUCUGCGCUUCAUCCCUCCCUCUUUCUUUCUUUCUUUCUCUUUUUUUUUUCUUUCCCGUAGCCUUUUUUUUCUAUUCUGGGAAGCGGUGCUAGGAAUAACCCCGAGUUCCUCCUCUUCGUUCAGGUUUCUUCUCCACGAGCAGGAAGCAGAAGAACACCAAACACCGGACUGUUUACUCUCAACACGUCUUUAUUCCGUGCAUCACCUGUCCGACUUUCCUUUUUUGUUUGUUUGUUUGUUUGUUUUCCAUCCCCGUCCGUCUUAUUCCCACCAUCAUCCUAACCUCCUGUUCCUCAGGAAGGGAGAACACUUCAGCCAGGAGGACUGACAUUUCCUCGGGAUGUUCCUGGACGCUCCAGAAGGAAGGAGAAGGUCUUGAAGAGAAUCACGGGUGUGUUAGGAGCGUGUUUGCCUGGCUUAACUUGCGAGACAACUCCGGGACAAGAAGCCAAAGUGGUCUGUGUCGUCUCAGCACCCUGGCUAAAGGAUCCUUUCAGGCCUUUCUGGUUCCUCCAGGUCACCUGAUCACCCGGGAUCCAAUCACAGCACUUUUCGGAUACCUAAGGAAGACUUGAAGAGAACACCGUGGACUUGGAUGAAACUAAAACAUUUUUAUGAAUAGAACCAUGCCAAAAGAAUAACUGAUGAAAAUAAUUUUGGCUCCUGGUUAUAAAAAUGCAUUUUUGUAAAUCUGGAUCGAUUCUGAAAAUGGAAAUGGAGGACUUUUGGUUUAAGUGGUGUUGUUGUUAGUAAGUCGCCUGGCAUGACAGUAUAUCUAAAUGCGAUUUACUAAAGACUAUCUUGAGAAACACGACUGAAAACGGAAUAAUGGAGCCACAUGGAACAGCUGCUGGACAGAAAUGCAGCAAGGCACCGCGCGAGAAAAACUCUUUACAAAGGAAGUGGGUGUCUGAGCCUUGUGCCGGUACAAAAGGAAGCACUUGCGCGGAAAGUUUACAAAGUGGUAUCAGCGGGACUGUUAUUGGGGCUUCUGGAAAGAUGCUUUUAAGUGCAGAGUCUCAGUCACCUGCAGAAAGUCAAUUUUUUCACAGGUCAUUUCCUUAUCAGUUGCAACAUCCAUACCCACAGCAACCCUUGAAGUCUUUCCUUACUGGGUCUAAGUCACAACCUGGUUUGGAGCCCCAUGCUUGGCCUUUCCCAGGCAAAUUGCAGUCUCUGCCGCAAGACGAUAUGUUUUCCGUGCACUCGCGUUCCCAUGGCGCUUUUCCCCGACAGAAAUCACCGAGUUUACCUAGCGCUUUUUGCCAGUAUUCACAAUCAAGCUCCGAGCAAAAAGAUGAAGGCCAUAAGAAGGAACAGAAGCCCAAGAAGCCUGGCAAGUACAUAUGCCAGUACUGUGGACGCGCAUGUGCUAAGCCCAGUGUGCUUAAAAAGCACAUACGGUCGCAUACGGGGGAACGGCCCUAUCCAUGUGAACCCUGUGGCUUUUCAUUCAAAACCAAGAGCAAUUUAUAUAAGCACAGAAAAUCUCACGCCCAUGCUAUUAAAGCGGGACUUGUCCCCUUUUCGGAGCUAGCGACUCGCACAGAUAUUGAUCAGGCAUCUUCAGUUGGUGAGACAGAGGUACAGUCGGAUGGAGAUCAAAGCACUGACACUGAUGAAGAAACUGCAGAAGGGGCCAUGUACCCAGAAAAAAGUAGCUCCAUACCACAGAUAUCAUUUGACUCAGACAAAAGCACUUUAGAUAAAGGAGGUGAACCAGCAUAUGCAGACUCGGCAGAAGAGAUGGCCAUGGCCUCUAUGAAAGUGCCUAUCUUAAUUGUUCCUAAACAGGGGCUUUCGUCAACGACCAUAGAGUGUACCCCAUUCACAGAAAUGAGGGGAUCCAGUAUAAGAGGUAUGGUCCCAGGAGACGAGUCACAUACUGUCAAACAGAGACUUGCAUUAAGACUCACCGAUAAAAAAGGCCAGGACUCUGAGCAGUCUUUGAAUCUGUUAAGUCCACACAGUAAAGGUAGCACAGAUUCUGGCUAUUUCUCUCGCUCGGAGAGUGCCGAACAGCAGAUUAGUCCACCUAACACCAACGCAAAGACAUACGAAGAGAUUAUGUUUGGAAGAUCUUGGUACUACAGGCCCAUCUCCAGAUCUAGGCAUCCGAUUACAAUCGGAAUGACUGCUAAUCCUGACCCACAAAACGUGUCUGCCAUGAUCGAAAUGGACAUGGGAAAGAUAUCAGAGGAUCACAUAUUUUUCAGAGGAAAUUUUGCUGACUCGCAAAUGGUCGCAGCAUGCGACCCAAAGCAGUAUCCUCAAGGUUCUUUCCUGGAAGCUCCUUCUGAGACCGGCCCCCUUUUAAGGAGCAACUCCAUGCCGACACCAUCCCCAACCAAUCUUAAUGUUCCUUCGGCACUGAGAGGGAGUCACUCCUUUGAUGAAAUGAUGUCCCCAGAUGAUGUAUUUUAUCCAGGGGCAGGUGGUCUAAGGAGACUCAGGAGACAGGCUGCAUUUGAGCAUGGGGAGUCUGAAAACUAUGGCAAGAUGGGAGGUCCAUACUCAACACUGAAAAUAGGGGAGAGGGAACAUUUUAUGUCUGAGUUCAAAGGCUCUGGAUCAGAACUCGCAUGUCCUGAAAUGCGUGCAUUAUAUGGCGGCUGCGCUGCAAAGAUGCCAGAGAUGGCCACAAGAAAACGACGUAAAGAAAAGAGUGUUGGUGAUGAGGAGGAUUGCCCCGGGCAGUAUGACAACAUGAAAAACAUCUCUCCUGAAGCAUCUGGGGACUAUGAUCUUAAACAAGGAAGUCAGGAAACAUCAAUGGCUCCCCACACAGGUCGAGGGUCUAUGUAUAGCAGUUACAAUUCUUCAGAAAGUUUUGAUAAAGUUAUGUGUCCAGAUGAUGUUGUCCUGGUACAAGAAACGGACCGAAAGGCUGCAGUUAAUGUAAUAUCUGUUAUUCAACAUACCAACUUGCUUAGCAGGCCAAACUCAUUUGAAAAGUCUGAUUCAAUUGAGCAUCAAGCUUAUCAGCCCGAGAGGCCUGUUGGCCAACUCUCUGAGCAGUCUGACGCUGAGAAUGUUGACGACGUACAGAGUCCUGACUCUAUUCUAAGGUCUGAGAGCAUGGAGCAUCAUCAGCAAAGUGACGGUGAAUUAGCAUCCAUUUCACCUAGUCAGCAAUACCAUAUGCCCCACAAACUUGUACGCCAACCGAACAUUCAGGUGCCUGAAAUUCGAGUCACUGAAGAGCCAGAUAAACCAGAAAAAGAACCAGAAUUGCCAGCUAAAGAACCAGAGAAGCAUGUAGAGGAAUUCCAGUGGCCACAGAGGAGUGAGACUCUGUCCCAACUCCCAGCAGAGAAAUUGCCCCCGAAGAAAAAACGUCUGCGUCUUGCAGACCUAGAGCAUUCAUCAGGGGAGUCAAGCUUCGAGUCUACGUGUACCAGUCUGUCAAGGAGCCCAAGUCAAGAGAGCAACCUGUCCCAUAGCUCAAGCUUCUCAAUGUCAUUUGAUCGAGAGGAAAGCAUGAAAUCGGUCUCGCCAACUAAGCAAGAUGAGUUUAGUAAGCAAUCUGAAUUUUUAACAGUACCAGGGAGUGGUCAUUCUCUGUCAAUUCCAGGCCAUCACAAGGAAAUGCGUCGCUCCUCAUCAGAACAGUCCCCUUGUGGUUUGCCAACUGAGGUGCCAGAGACUCGUAGCAAGUCAUUUGACUAUGGAAGCCUGUCACCGAAUUCAAGACAAGGCGAAGUAUAUGCCAGUGCAUCAUCCAUGAAGGAACGCAGACGUGGAUAUCUGGUUAGACAGGCAUCUCUGAGUGUCUAUCCUGAAGUUGUACCUCAAGAGCAAUGCUCAGAGUUAAACAUCAAACAAGAGCUUUCUGAUCCCCAUACUUUACCUUCUUCUUGGCAAGGCCCUGCAAAUCUAACGUCUUUGCCCCACCUUGCAGCUGGAAGUGAUUUAUCAAGACAAAAAAGAGGAUCGUAUCACUUGCUACAGCAGAGCAUCAGUGAAGACAGCCAAUCAGAUGACUUGCAAAAGUCACCACGCUUGCCAGGGCAACUGUCCACAGACAGCGAGGCUUCAGUGCAUGAGCACAUGAGCCAGGAUGUAACUCAACACUCCUCACUUCCGAGUAGCUUGGUAUCAUCGGCGUUUUUUCAGAACAUUGUCUGGUACACUGACUCAACACGACCAAGGCAGCACCAGGGUAUCAAUCAGCCGCAGAAAUUACAUAUCCGACCACCUAAUCUACAGUCUAAUCUCCAGAAAUCCCACCAACCCCUUCAUCAAAUACAGGUGCCUAAAGAAUCAAAUAUUGAGGGGUCGGGUCAAACCUAUCCCUAUGUCUCGAGAGCUUCUUCACAAAUGCCAAAAGUGCUCACUACAAACUCUGUUUUCUUACAGCAAAUUCAACCUGCCUUUGCCACUCAAAAUGUUGGUUCACAGUCCUCAUUUUCUGGAACGCUAGUCCCUGUUAGAAUCCAAACCAACAUGCCAUUGUACGGUAGUGUUAUGUACACAAGUGUUUCACAAGAUCUUGCUACUCAUGCUCAGGGUACCACUCCUCUCCAAUUAAUAGGUUCAGAAAAAGGCAUAUCUUCAAAACACCCAAUCGGGUUAAGUCUAUCAAAAAUAUUAGGUCAUCCUGAAGGAUCGUUGCAAUAUCCACUUUGGAAAGUUCCUGAACCAUUACCUGGAAGACUUAAUACUGGUAUACCUUUGUCUUUGACAUCAGGAACUAUUUCAACUACAGAUGCAUCAUCUAGUAUCGGAGGAAGUAAGCGAAUGCUGUCCCCGGCCAGCAGUCUUGAACUUUUCAUUGGAACGAAGCAACAGAAACGAAUUAAGGAAGAAAAGAUGUAUGGUCAAAUAGUGAAAGAGCUAAGUGCAGUCGAGCUUAGUAAUUCAGGUGCCCCAAAUGACUGCGACACCUCAUCACAACCUGAUGUUUUAAAGAGAGGCGACUCAGCAGAUGAUCUGGAGAGGAUGUCCUCAUCUCCACCAGCAAAUUACCCAUCGUCCUCGGUGUCUGAAGUGCCACACAAGGAAAGCUUUACUCCACCUCUACAGAUUGUGAUGAACACUUCAAAAAGAGCAGAGUCCCCAGAGGAGCUUGAUGUAGACAAAUCCAGUCCAGACGCCACCUCAGGCAAUGAGUUUAUGGUCUCUUCGAGCGACACUCAAGAUGAACUGAAGCAGACCAAGAUCCCGAUAAACAUGUUGGUGCAACUUGCCAGUCAGGGUAGUGCUGUAUGUGGGAGCACUCUCCUGCUGACUGACUUAGCAGAUGUUGAUCAGUUCUUCCAGUUCCCAAGUCUACGUACGCCAACAAGUGUUAGCUGGUGCUACCUGAAUUACACCAAGCCAAACUACUCUCAGACAACUCCCUUAACCUCUGUUUAUGGCUCUUGGUGCGUCAGCUCCUAUAACCCAAACCCACUCAGCCUCAGCACCAAGGCAACCCUGGCAUUACUCUGCUCCAAACAGAGGAGGAACACAGAAACUUAUACAAUGGCUGCAAUGUAUCAGCCAGGGACUGGAAAACUUGUCUCAUCCCUGUUGUGGAAACAGAAGUUUGAGCAGAUGAAGCCAGAUCUAAUGAAGCUGGAUAUUAGCAAGCUGGGAAAGAAAAUUAAAGGUGUAAUCUCAAGGGACAGAGUGAAAGAGGACCAUGGAGAGAAGGAGGCUUCGUUAAAACAGGCUGAACCCACACGCAUUAAAAUCUUCGAAGGAGGGUUCAAAUCCAACGAGGACUAUGUUUAUGUGCGGGGCCGAGGUCGAGGAAAAUACAUCUGUGAGGAGUGUGGUAUCCGGUGUAAAAAGCCCAGCAUGCUGAAGAAACACAUUCGAACUCACACUGACGUCCGGCCAUACGUCUGCAAGUUCUGCAACUUUGCCUUUAAAACGAAAGGAAACCUAACAAAGCACAUGAAGUCGAAAGCCCACAUGAAGAAAUGCUUGGAACUCGGGGUGUCUGUGACAUGCAUAGAAGAUGUGGAGGGAGUUGAUCCUGCUGAGGAGGUCCAAAGAGAUACUGGAAAGAUGGGCAUGUUAGAAAUCAUGGCGGAGCACCAAUUUUCGGAUGCUGAUGACUCAGAUGGCGUCGAGGAAGAUGGCGAUGAGGUGGAUGAGGACGAAGAUGAAGAUGAUGACUAUGAUGGUGAUUCAACACCAAAGACACUCUCUCGAAGCACAAGCCCACAACCCUAUGUCAUCCCUUCACAUUCUGUCACUGCUGUCGCUGCAUCGCAUGAUGUUGGCCCUGAUCCAUUAGGCUCAGCCCCUAAGCAGCCACUGUUUGGAUAUUAUUCUAGUUUGCCCAGUAUUCAAAUCACUCAACUUAUGGUGCCUAGUGAGAAGGCAAGAGAGAGCCAAAUGGCAGAAUACCAGAAACUGCUGCAGGGAGCUUUAGGUGAAGAACCUAAAAACAGAUUAGAGAUGCCUAGCUCCAUGGAGGAAGAUCCUGGCUUGUCUCCAGAGCACAGUUCAUCUUCGUUUGAAUUCUCUCCUUCUCAUCUGUCCUCACCCAGCUGUGACUCCUCACCUCUUAGAGAGCCCUCACCCAAAUGUAGGUACUUGUCCCCAAAACGGGACCUCUCCCCACGGGGUCGUUUGUCACCAAGAAGGGAAGCAUCCCCCCUUAGACCCCUGUCUCCUAGGAGAGAUAUCUAUAGAAAGGAUUUAUCUCCGAGGAGAGACAUGUCUCCCAGGGACCUUCUUUCACCUAUCUCCCACACCGGGUGUCAAGCGUCUCCCACAAGAGAUCUCUCUGGGAGACGUGAGCUGUCUCCAAGAGGCCGCUACAAGGGUGUGCUCAGACCAUUGUCGCCGAGAAGGGCAACUCAUGCACACAGUGGACCUUGGACAAUUAACCAGCAUCCACACAGAGAGGUGGCUUCAGGUGCUCAGAAGAAUAGGAGCCACUCAGAAAUGAAUAUGAGGAAGAUGUGCUAUUCCCAAGGAGAUAAACACAGCACAGACGCUCCCUCAACACACCAAGGUCUAUUUAGCCAUCUCCCCCUCCACUCUCAGCAACAGGUUCGCACCUUAUUCCCUAUGAUUCCAAUUGGUGGAAUCCAAAUUGUGCCGGGCCUUGCCCACCCGGCUCGCCUUCCUCUCAAGACGAGUGCACCGGAGGAGUCCGGCGAGGCGCCUUUGCACUUCUCCGAGGGUUCUGAGUCGAAUACUGAAGGAGCAGAGGAUUCACCUCAACCGCAAGACAUGACACUGUUCCUGAAAGCUCAGAGGUCAGCCCCAUCUAGGCCCAGAGAUGACCUGAAAUGCCCGAGCGACAAGGAGAUCAAGCAAGAAGAAGGCAUCAUGACGUGCACUAAAGCCAUCGCUUCUUUGUGCAUCGCCUCAGAGGAACCCUCAGCAAAGGUGGCUGGUUCCAUCGAGCAGAUCCAACAGCACACGUUGUCGCAUUCUUUGAGUGUACAGCAAGGGAUUCAGAGGUUAUGUAGCCCAGAUUUCAGGCCCUCUAACACAGAAACUGGGGCAUCGAAAGCUCCUGAAGGAGGAACCUGUCCCUCUUUUUACAUUACCGAGGCUACAGAGAGGGCACCUGGCCAACAGGGAAAAGAGUUCAAGAAUCCGUCCAGCGCAACAAACGACUGACAACAGCUGAAUCAAAAUGGUGGAUCGUACAUUACACUCAUCCUGUAUGUUUACACAUACACCGUCGCACUCAAAUACUAGUGUGUACAUGUACAGCGUAGCAUGCCUUUUAUAACCCGGGUUGCCGUUUUAACUAUGGUUACUUUUCUUAUUUAAAAGAAAUGUCGGAGAAUAACCUUUAUGUUAACUUAUACAUGUAUAUGAGCCUGACCAAAAUUGCUUAUGAAAUCUUGUCUGGUACUCUAAAAAAAAAAAAAUGUACAGAUCUUUGUGCCUUUGGGUUUUUGUUUGUUUGUUUGUUUGUUUUUCAAUUAUGCUAUAUUCUUAUGAGCAUAUAAAACAUGAAGACGUGUAAAUACGGCAGACUUUUGUGUAUCAGCUUUGUAUUAAAUGCAGAAUGCUGUCUCUUUUUUUGUUUCUUUUUUUGGACAAUCUAAAAAUCCCUCAAACCCUCCCCCACCCCCACCCGAAAAAGCCCUUGUGUCUAAAUGAUGUGAAGUAUCAAUAUAUGUACGGUUGCACUAAAAAAAACAAAAAACAUAUUUUUAUAUGGGUCAAAUGAAAUGGCUUUUUUUGUGUGUGUACAGCAUCAAUUCUAUAAUAUUUAUUGUAUCUUGUUUCAUAAAUUGUACAAAAAAAAGAAAAAAAGGAAAAAAAAACUUUCUUAAUGUCGUGGAUGCCUUUUUGCGAAGCAUGGAUUUUACUAUGGAAUAAUAAUAAGAUGAAUAAUAAGAACAAAAUAUGUAUACUAUUAAAAAAAAAUUGCUUUCUAUUAGAAAUAUUCAUAUCCUUCAA